CCACUGAACUAGUUCGUGGUAACUACGCCUGCCCAGCCUACUUGUGGAAUUGAAGUGGAAGAAGUUGCCUGGCGUCAUUAUUUUCUGUGGUUCAAGCCAACUCGCACGUUGACUGUAGUUGUACUAGUAACUGAACACUGAGUUGCUGCAUUUGUAGCAUUAUGGCUGAAAAAAACGAAGACCAACCAGUGCCCGAAAAAGAAGAGGAUGAGUUCCAACUUCGAAGGAGAAGAAUUGCUCAAGUUUUUAUGCAAGCGUAUGGCAAAGACUUGAAGAACAUUGACCCUAAGAGGUUGGAGGAACUACAGAGACGAAGAGAGAUGGGUGAGACAGAGACUGAACCAGGGUCACCAUACAACAUACAGACAGUGUUGUGGAUUCUAGGAUCCUUUGCUGUCCUGUACUACACCGAUCUUAUUCCAGCCAUCAAAGAAGACCACAGGAUAUACAGAACCUGGCUGUAUUUAGGUUUAAUUUUGAUGGCCGUCCACAUCAGCAUCGGUUCUUACCUCAUAAUCUUCCUGAGCUGGAUCAAGAAAAACAGUGACUGGGAGAAAGCAUCUCCCAUGGCUAUACCCCUGGCAACUGGAACAUUUGUCUUUGGUGCAAUUUGUCUCAACAUUGCUAUUUGGCCGGUGUACGGUUUCCUGACUCCACUGAUGAUGUUUACGCUAUUCAUGGGUUUUGUGGUCACUGUCAGUCUUCUGCCAAACAUUUGAAUUGAGUCACAACAAAUAGGAAAACGUUCGAUGUGUAAAAAUUAAAGUAUACUUUGUGUAUGUUGUACAUUGUUAUUGUAAUAGGCAUUUCUUGAUUGAAAGUAAAGUGUCGUGUAGAUUUUUUAUUAAACAAGUCCCAGAUAUUGGUAUUUUCACCAAAAUAUCUCAGGAAAUCUGCUAUAUAUCAAAGUGAAUCUAUAUUAUAUCAGAUAACUGUUUACUGAAGACUGUAAUUUCAGUUGAAAAAAAUUCCCUUUGAAAAGUAUUGAAGAAGAUUCAGAGUGUUCAUGUUUUCACUAUGAACCCUGUUGGAUUUUAAACUGAAAAUGCAUGUUGGUUUUCUUAUCUGUUCUGUUGAAUUAUUAUAAAAUGACAAAAAUGAAAUGAUUUCAUAUAAUUACAACUGAACAAUAAACGCCUGUGUUUACUUUGUAACUCUUUUGUACAAAUGCAGACAAAAUGUUUCCAUUGUUGACUGAAAUAAAAAAAUCUUGCAUGGUAUUUUGGUGACCUACAA